AGGAAGAGAAGCUACAGCAGCUAGUCGCCCAUGGAUGUUCACUAGUAGGCAACCUGGAGGUGGCCGCUGUGAGCGCCAAUGUGGUGGCCCAAGUGGCGAGCGAGAGCAGCGAGGCCAAAUGGCGGCAGACUUUGGAGGACAGCAUGAGAGCGGCCACUGAAACGCUGAAGAAGGUGGAGGACCAGUGGAAAGUUGCGGUGGACCAGCCGGUGCCUGAAGAUAUGGCAGAACACCUCCGACAACUCAGAGAGGAAUGUGAGACUCUGCUGACAGAGAAACGGUCGAUCGUCAGCCGCCUACGUCAGGAAAUAGAGGUCCUUGAUGAGAAGUUCCUCGAGGAUGUGCAGAAGCUGCGCUUGAAGAGACAGGAGCUCAUCAGGAGGCUCGCUGAACACCUCGAGGAACUGAGCACAGCUUCUCACGAUACCAUCAGGCACCUUCAGGUUGUCACCGAAAAUGAGAGAGAGGCGCUGGUGCAGCGCUGCACUGAGAUCUUCGAUGCAGCACUCGCUGAGUUCAGCUCAGAUCUGGAGGACAUGUUACGCCAGGAGCUGAGAAGCGGAGAUCUAAUGCAGGAUCAACUCAUCUCAGCUCAGCUGGAGCCUUCGACUGACAGUCGACGUACGCUGGCUCAGCUCGAGAUGAAGUGGCAAGAACACAAGAUGGAGGCGUCUGCUCUACGUCUGCAGCGUUGCCUGGAUCGUCCUCGCCUGCAGUAUCGCCUGCAUCUCCUGCAGCAGCAGCAGCAGGCGGCUGCAGAGCAGCUCAGCUGCGCCCGCAGACUCAUCAUUUGUCUGCGUCCUCAGCUGCAGCUGCAUAGACGCAAGAAGGAGCAGGCGAAGCAUCAGGCGGAAAAGAAACGAGAAUCUCUGCUGCGCCGCCUGCAGCUGCAGCAGCUGAGCGUCCGGCAGCUGCACGACCGCUGCACCUGCAGGACCGUGCACCUGCAGCAGCUGCAGCGAGGCGUCGCUACGAUGCAUUGCGAUGCACUUGCUUCACUGCUGCUGCAGGUUCAGGAGCUGGAGCGUCACAUUGAGGCCCGCGUGCUGGGGAGAGACGCGCUGCCUGCUGGAGACGCCGCCGUGGAGGAGAUGCGGACGCUGGUCCUCCAGCAGCCGCCCUUUGCUGACACCAGCAUCAGGGGCGCCGCUGUCAUCAUCAAGGCUGCCUCUAGGGGUGCUUCUGAUCCCCUGGAUUGCACCGACUCCGCGUCCGCAUGUCAGUCGGAGAACUCGGAGCUCGAGAAGGCCUUCCUGUUGGGGAUGGUGGAGGCCGCGGCUUUCUUGGUGCCUGUCGACAGAUUAUCGCACUUGAAGGGAAUAGAAUCGUCAGAAGACGACGCCUUACUCAAACUUGAACAUAUUUUUAAGGAAGUUGGGAUCAACUCAGGCGAAGACCUCAGCGUUCUGCUCGCCGUCGCCCGCAAAAGGAAGCGACAACGCGGAGGACAAACUUCCUCAUCCAUCGCCAUCAGAGAAGCAAAUGGCUGCGUUGACACUGAUGAAUCGCUGGGCAGCGAAAUCGAAGAAUUCACGAACUCAGAAAUUCUCGACGUGCUCAUCGAAUUUUCAACAUUGCAAGGAACGGCGCAGCAAGGAGCAAGAAGCGCUGUGCAUCAUCUCUCAGCUGACCGUGCUAAUGGAGAUGGUCCAAGCCUAUUGAGCUCCGACGAGGACCGAAGAUGGCAGACAUUUUUGAAUGAGCUUUGCUUGGGGCGGCAGCGAACCUGGCACAUCGCGGCACGCGUCGUGACGGAAUACCUGACCGCGUUGCAGGGUCGCGCUCAGGAUGAAAGAACCGUGGCAGAGCUGCGGGUGAAGGUGGCUGAGAUGCAGAGGCUGCUAGCCUAACUUUGUGAUCAAACGCAACCCACCAGACGUCAGAGGUUGAAAUGACGUCGAAUUCAACGAACUCAACUCGUGAUUACCGUUGUUUAAACAAAGUCAACUCGUGAAUAACUUUGUUUCAACAAAGUCAACUUAUAGUAAACAAUGUUUCAACGAAAUCAAAUCGUAAUCUACGUUGUUUCAUCGAAAUCAAAUCGUAAUCUAUGUUAUUUUUUUAAUCAAGUGGUAAUCAACGUUGUUUCAUCAAAACGAA